GCAGACGCUCUUGACGCUCUCUUGCGAGUUGUAUAGUUUCAUUUCGGGUGUGGCAUAACUUUUUGAAAUAAAAUAUUAUUUUAUCCGCGAGCUAGUGGUACAGCGUGAUCAACAUGACUUGGCAUAAUGUAUUUGCAGUUAUUUCUUUGCUGGUUAUUUCGGUUAUCGUAGUAUUCGGACUGGAAUGCUACGUUUGUGAAAACCAAGAAGAUAACAAUGAGAAAUGCGUGAAAACCAUCAUGACUUGUCGAGAUUAUGAAGAUGUAUGUUUGACUAAAAUAAAAUGGGGCAGUCCGCCUUAUUGGUCUCAAGGGGCGAAGAAGCAAUACUACAUAUCGAAGACUUGUUCGAGCAAGACCGAAUGCGCGGCCAUCAGGCAGCGGUACAUGCCCACCUGCACCCAUAUCUGGUAUCAGGAUUGGGAAUGUUCGGAUUGUUGUCAAGGAGAUAGGUGUAAUUACUAUAUCAUAAUUUGCCACUGUUUUUACAACCCGACCGAUAGCGGCGCCGUACAGAUUACGCAAAGUAACUUGGAUAUGGUCUUGGCUUCCAAUGAGGUGGUAUUUAUCAAUUUCUACGCUGAAUGGUGUAGAUUCAGCAACAUGCUGAUGCCCAUAUUUGAUGAUGCUGCAGACGAAGUGACCAAAGCCGGAUAUGACCCUGGCAAGGUGGUCAUGGGGAAGGUGGACUGUGACAAGGAAGGAGCGGUGGCAACCAGGUUCCAUAUAACAAAGUAUCCCACAUUGAAGCUUUUCCGUAAUGGGUUGCCUGCCAAAAAAGAAUACAGAGGUCAGCGAUCAGUAGAAGCAUUCUCGGACUUUAUCAAAAAACAGCUGACCGAUCCGGUCAUCAUGUUCAGUUCUCUCAAAGAGCUCCAUGACCUAAGCGAGGACAAGAGACAUAUCAUUGGCUACAUGGAUCGCAGGGACCAGGAGGAAUACCAGGUGCUCAGGAGAGUGGCUGCUAGUCUUAAGGAUGAGUGCCUUUUCCAUGCCGGCUUUGGGGAUGCGUCGACACAAAUGCAUCCACCAGGCCAGCCAAUUGUUGUAUUUAGAACGGACCGAAAAGUGUCCGAAGAGCCAGAUGAAACCUACAAGGGCUCCCUCACCAACUUCGACGAGCUCUACAAAUGGGUGCAAGAGAAGUGUAUCCCUAUAGUGCGGGAGAUCACCUUUGAGAACGCAGAGGAAUUAACGGAGGAGGGAUUGCCGUUCCUCAUCUUGUUCCACCAUCCUACUGACACGGACAGUGUGAAGAAAUAUAAGGAGAUUAUUAAGAGAGAUUUGGAGUCUGAAAAACAAAACAUCAACUUCCUAACGGCGGAUGGCGUGAGGUUCGAGCACCCGCUGCACCACCUCGGCAAGUCCGUGUCCGACCUGCCGCUCAUCGCCAUCGACUCGUUCCGGCACAUGUACCUGUUCCCCAGCUACAGCGACAUGGAGAAGCCUGGGAAGCUCUUUCAGUUCUUGCAAGACUUGUACUCGGGAAAACUACAUAGGGAAUUCCAUUACGGCCCGGAACCGAACCAAAUAGCAGACAGCAACGACAUCAAAGGUACCACGCCGCCCGAAUCCACGUUCAAGAAGCUAGCUCCCUCCAAGAACAGAUACACGCUGCUGCGGGACGAAUUAUAAGGUUACUGUGGUCCUUAUCAUUUACUUUAAGUUUGGAGCCAUCCAUCUUCACCUUUCCGUUUAAAUUAAUUCCUUUCUGCAUUUUCCUUCGAUAUUUAUUUUAAUUAAAAGUUUUUCUUUGAACAAAUGUAUUCAUUGCAUUAGAUAAUGCGAGAAUUACCGAUAAAUUAAAUUAUGUCUGCUUAAAACGUAAACUGGCGGAACAGGUUUUGUAUGUGAGUCCCAAAAUGAACAUGCAUUUAUUUGUCAUAAGUCGUAAGUCCUAUAUGUUGACAGUUAUUUUGUCGAAGAAUUAGAAUGUUAUUUAGCGUUCUCAUAAGAAAUCAACGCUAAACUAGAAUGGACGUAAAAUGAGAAUCAAACCUUAAAAUAGUAGAGUUGAUGUUGGGAUAAGCACUACUGAAUGUUAACGCUGUGAAAUCAUCAAAUGAAUUAUAAGAUUAGACUUUUCUUGUACUAUAUUAAAAGACAACUUUGAUUUAUUGUCAUUUAUACGACCAUGUCUUGUCAGGCCGUACGAGUAUUGUUUCAUAAAAAUUAAUACUGUAAUACACACAUUUCGUUGUACAGUCGCCAUCAUAUAUAUCGGAGCGGCCGAGGUGCUCAAAAUUAUCUGAACACGCACUCUAACGCCUUGACAAUAGAGGCGUGUUCAGAUAUUUGUGAGCACCUCGGCCGCUCCGAUAUAUCUGAUGGGGAAUGUACGUUUGCUGCAAUACUAGCCGGUUUUUAUACAUAUAAAAAUUAUAUUAUUAUAGUAUAUACUGUAUAGGUUAAAGAACCGAAUUGGAUUUCUAUUGGUAGUUUCAUAAGUAAUUAUUAAUUUACUUUUAUGUUUUCUUAGCUGCCUGGUUAAUACAUGCCUUUUACAUUAUGCUAUGUUUUGCAUAGUAACGUAACGUAUGUUACACUAGAUUUUGAUUUACACCGUACAAAUCAAUGUAAUUUACAUUAAUGUAAACAAAGUUCUCGCAAGUGAUACCUGUUAUCUUUGAUCUGUAUAUCUUGUAUAUUUACUACUUGUAUUAUGUAUUGAUAAGAAAUCUUGUGAUCUAACCACCACUAUUGUUGCGAUUUAUAUGCGUAUGUAUCUCCUUUUCGUUAUUUAUAAUUAUUGUUACGCAAGUGUAUAAAGUUGAAAUGAAACAUGAAAGCAAUCGAGUGCGCAUAAGUGUUGACAUCUAAAUGCAAGACUAUUUAUUCUGGCAAGUAUGCAAGUACGAGAGAGACGAAUGCAUUAUGUCUGUGAAAAGGGCCAUACUCUGAGAAUAUGUCUGCGGUUGCGUCUAAUUGUCACAACUCUUUUCAUACAUUUAGUAUGGGUCGCGGCAAUUAGACCGCGGACAUAUUUUUUGACAAUGACCCAAAAACGCUAUCACCCUACCAGUGCUGUCUUGACCUUGAUGUACUUACCUGUUUCGUUAGCCUUUAUCAGUCUACCAUUAUACCAAUGAUCAGUUAAGUGGGUUCCCGGAGUACGAAAUGCAUAUAAUGGUCACAUUUGUCACCACAUUGGUGUUCCUAAUAAGGUAAAGGUAUCUUAUUAGAAUAAUAGGGUAUUUGACUACUAGUGAAAUCAGUUUCUUUUUUCGAACUAUCAAAACGAUUUUGCUACUAAGGAGUUUAUAUAAAACACUAGCAUGUGACGUCACAAUCAAAUUACCUACUCUUUAUAGUUUUAUACGAGUUUUAAAAUAAAAAUUGUCUAAAAAUAACUGCUGUCUACGUUUCUGGUGCUUUAUUUCAUGCAUGGUGUAAAAUUAUUUAUUUUAAAUACAGUCAAGUAUCAUCAAGUACCCUAUUAUUCAAUUUAAUCCUUUUAAUGACACGCCUAUUUUAUACAACGCGUCAUCGUAAACCUUAUCGGAAUGCACUUACUUACUCCGUUGGCUCAGCGACCCAAAAUGAGACUUGGCCUCCGACACAAGACAGCGCCACUUUUCUAGGUCCGGCGCGACCUCUCGCCAAUUAGCCUCAUGCAUAAAGUUUAUAUUUGAACGAAAUAUGUUUUAUUCGGAUGUUUGUUACCGUUAUAUCAUGUUACAAAUGCAUUUCCGUUAUUAAAUUACCAUUUAAUUACUUAAAAUUAUAAAUAAAAAGUACAAAAAUUUGCCCGCGAAAAGCUAGUGAGCGAAACGCUCGAAACGCCAUGUGACGUCACGCGGUCGACAGAUUAGUGUUAUUAGUAGCAAACGUCAGUUGGGCCGCCCAACGUGUGACGUCAUCACGCUCUGUCGAAUUCGCGCCAAAAAUUAUGAGCGUUUCAACCGCUCAAAAAUUUUCAACAUUUUAAAUAUUUUUUAAUAAAAUAAUGUUAAGGUUUACAAAAGUAUUUUUAUCAUUUCCGGUGUUCCAACGAUAUAAAUUAUGAAUCCAAAAAUAAAAAUAAAUUCAUGCAUGGAGAUAAUUGGUGACUCGAAGCUCGCGCAGAUCCGCCUCCACCCUGUCGCACCAGCGAUACCUGGGGCGUCCGGUAGGAGGUCUUCCUGCUGGGCGGCCCACGUAUGCUCUUCUCGCGUUCGGAUCUUCAUCCAUCUAAAUCGGAAUCACGAUAUUAAUUAUCGGAAUGCACGAUGAUUGAUAUUAAUUAAACUGUAACCGCCAUUGGUGUUAAAAGGGUUGAGAAGUUCUUAUUAGGAAAACCGAAUGUUUCAUUUAGGUGAAUGCGACCAUAAUUAGCCUUUAGUGUAACCGGCAUGGUGAAAACUACUAUAGUGAUAAUUUCUAUAUCAUGUUGCGUAUCAUUCUUAGUCCUGCCGGGCUAGCACAUGAUUGGCGCGAGAGUAUCUUGCCGCGACAUAGACUACCCGUCCCCCUUUAAUUCAUACAGUUAGUAAAAGACGGGUAGUCUAUCUCGCGGCGAGAUACUGUCGCGUCAAUCAUGUGCUCGGCCUACUGAGAUAAACUGUUACACAGAUUGUCAAUAAACUGUGGUACAGAGCGUGGAACGCACUUUUGUAUCGAGAUAACCAGUCUGUAUUAUUGAUAACAAAGAGUUAUUGAUUGUUAGUAGAGGUCUAAGAACAAAUUGUGCCCCUGAAAUUAUUACGACGCCAUACGUGUCGCUUAACUUCAAACUCGGAUAAAUGAAUUCGACCGUAUUAGGAAAUAUCUAUCCUAUUACCUUGUCUUAAUACCAAAAUCGCAAAAUCUGACAGUUGGAUUUAUCUAUUAAGUUUGAAGUUAAGCUACUCGUAUAUUUUAUGGUAACUGAAUUGUCACAUGACAACUUUUGACAGUCCAAAUUCAAACUACCACAUAAUUAAUGCAAUGGGCCGUACAGCGACAUUUAAUUCAACUGUCAAAUUCGAGGCACUGAUUGUUCUUAGACUUUGCAGUUACCUCUUCUAAUAUUAAUAACUCUUUGUUGAUAGAGUUAGACCAAGAUAACUCUGCAACACUGUGCAGACUGUGCAAGUGUUAUUUAUACGUCAUAAUUUCAUAGAAGUUUAACCUUUUGACCAGUCGGAUGUGGCCGUCAUCGGAAAGCCUUGCCAAGGACGGCAAGGACGCCAACGACGGCUACAGCCGACAACUUCGCCGAUGCAAUAGGGACUUACACGGGACUCCGUAAAGUUCAAUUUCGCUUAAAUAAUCGCGAUCGCCUGGCGUCCGGGGCACGGCAUACACGGCACGGCGUACGGCGUUUAAAAUAAAACUUGCACAUUCGGGGCUAUCAACAUCGCUGCAGAUUUAUCUUGGUCUAACUCUAGUAUCUGUUUACACUUUGUUUCUUCACUUGAACCAUUAUGCUAUUCGCUUAAGAGUGUUACAUUCCUCGAGGUAAAGGAAAGAGUUGUCACUAUUAUGUGAAAUGUUUGUACAAAUUGUACGUCUUGUGUCGCGUGUUAUGGUGUAAUAAAAUUUCUAAAACUUGAAA